CUUACCCAUGAGCCAAUUUCUUCACAACCUGUCUCGUCAUUCAGACUUAUUAGCUUCAAGACUGGCAUUGUUCCGAGUAAGCCGAUUUGCUGCUCGGCCUUGGUUAGAUCGUCCUGCUAGAGCGUUUAGUCUGAAGAGCUUCGGGAAGCCUUCUUUUGUAAGGGGCGUCAUGACUUCGACUAACACGGACGGAAUGACUAUCAAGUUUGGGCCUUUCGAGGUCACGAAGCAGGUCUUCCUGACAACUCCGCACUCCUACGGUCUUGUCAAUCUCAAGCCUCUCCUCCCAGGCCACGUCCUCAUCUGUCCACUCAAACCCCACAAACGCCUCCUGGAUCUUUCCCCCGCUGAAACAACAGAUCUCUUCGCCACGGUCCAGCAGGUCCAGAAGCUCCUCGCCCGGCUCUACUUCCCGGAUCCCUCAGAUCUCAUGUCGGGCAGCUUCACCGUCGCGCUGCAGGAUGGCGCGGAGGCGGGACAAACCAUCCCCCAUGUGCACGUCCAUGUGAUUCCUCGCAAGAAGGGCGACAUGGGAGAGGCGAUGGAUGAGAUCUAUGUGCAUCUAUCCAGCGAGGAGGCCAAUGUGGGAGGAGCUCUGUGGGACCAGCAGAGGCCUCGACCGGGUGGAAAAAUGCCGAGAAUUGAGGACGCGGAACGCAAUGCUCGGACAAUGGACCAAAUGAUUGAGGAAGCGGAAAAGUUCAAGACCGUGCUGGAGGAGAUGGGCAUCGCGAGUUCUGCCAGGGGAAGUGAGCGGUUGUAAGAGCCCGGAUGUCUGUCGGAAGGGAAGAUGUUGUGCAUAGAAGCGCUGUGUACCUGCAUACACGGUGUAUGUGUUACCAUACCUUAGAUGCUGCAUUAGCAUCCAUGGUCGAUAGAGAUACGACAAUUAAACAAGAGCGGCACGUUAUCAUGUUCAUUUAUUGAAAACUCGUGCUAUU